GGUAUGGCCUGCCUGUUCGUCCAGCUUGAGGAUGAGCUGCUUGACUGUCGGAUCGCACUCGAUGAGGACGCCUGCCUGCGCUCUCGGCAUCUUGGUGGUCCGGGGGCAAAGUCGCGCAAGAGCAGAGGCGACGACAAGUGCAGACUGCUACAGACACGCACCCCGGGACUCACUUGACUUGCUCCUGUCGCUGCCAUCCAGCCAGACUGCCGCAUGGCAGACCUCAGCAGCCUCAACAGUCUACUCUGGCAAGUCCCCGACCAACAAGCAGCAGCAAAGGAGACACCCACGCCACAACGCUCCUCUGGCACGCGCACCUUAAGCUUGCAUUCUGGCGCUGCAUACUCUUCAGCGACGCCUGCUGCAGACGCAUCGUUUUCCGGCACACGCACAACUAAAUGGCCAUAUAGCAGUCCUCGCGUGAGUGUCAGGCUCAGUUCUGCAAAACCAUUCAAUGCUACGAGCACAUUCACACCAGCUGCACCGAGCGCAUCGCUUGGGCUCGCAGCGCUUCCGAAAGCAUCACAAUCAUUGGAUCAAGAUGAUGGAGAUGGUAUGAGUUCUGCAGGCAGUACAGCACUCCGAUUCAUUGCACUCAUUGUGAUUGCCAUUGCAGCUGUCGUCUUUCUCUGCUUGCUUCUACGCAGACGUCGCAGAAAGGCCAGCAAAACGGCUAGAGAACGGCGGUCUGUCACGGCACUGCGCAGAGAUGUUGAAUUGGGCAGGUGGCGGAUACCGCUACUACGACAUGCGGGGAUUGGCACGGUCUCACAGGUGGUCAAGGAAGAUUUGCCGCAGUAUGAGGGGAAAGCGCCUGCGUAUCCAGAAUCAGUGCAGGCGCGAGAGGACGAUGGUAGGGAGAGUUUCAUGUCUCGGGCGAGUUCACAUUCAACAGCUUCUCUUCAGAGUAGCCAUCAGACACGAGGUGUCGAGACAUAUGGGCCACGCUGGGCGGGCGCCCAGUCGAUGGAGGCAGUCGCACUCUCUGGCUUGCAGCAUUCAGACACAGACUCGUUGGCGUCUCGAUGACGAGGGGAAUUGGCAUAUGACUUUAGCGCUUGGCAAAUGUGAUUUGGGUAGAACUCUUGAAAUUCUCCUCUUCGACUAAAU